AUGCCCAAGAGAAAGGCUGGAGGGGAUGCUAAAGGAGAUAAAGCCAAGGUAAAGGACGAACCACAGAGAAGAUCUGCAAGGUUGUCCGCUAAACCUGCUCCUCCAAAGCCAGAGCCCAGGCCUAAAAAGGCCCCUGCAAAGAAGGGAGAGAAGGUACCCAAAGGGAGAAAGGGAAAAGCUGAUGCUGGCAAGGAGGGGAAAAACCCUGCAGAAAAUGGAGAUGUCAAAACAGAUCAGGCACAGAAAGCUGAAGGUGCUGGAGAUGCCAAGAGAAGUGUGUGCAUUUUUGAUAACUGUGUACUUCUGGUGACUGAACAGUUUGAAAUACUAUUUUUACCAAGUUUUAUAAAAAUGCAAAAUUUUGUUUUACUUUUUUUUUUUUUUUUUGAGCUAUGUUGUUAGCACACGGAACACUUCAUUGUUGUUUUGUGGGGAAGGGGCAUAUGUCACUAAUAGGGUGUCUUCGAAGCUGGAUUGAUGUGGGGAAAACACUUUUCCCUUCUAGUUUUGAGAGACUUACUCUUGGCUCCCAGGAGGGAUUCCUCGACUUUGACACGCAUGGCCACUUUGGCACAAAAGCCUUGUGGUAUGGAAAAACAAAAUCAUUUUUAUAUCUCUUCUCCCUUCCCAUCUAUCAGCAUAGACUUAACUCCCUUAAGCCCAGACAUCUGUUGGGACCUGACCUCCAAUCAUUGGUUACCAGUGUGUCAGGCAAUCUGGACUUUUCCGGGAUGCCACUGAGAUGGCACCUGUCAAAAGAGCAGUGGUUCCGUUUCUAGAUUGUGGAUCUUCACAUAAAUUCUGCCGUUUUCAUUUCACUUCCUGAUAGUGAGGGUCAGCUUGUGAAAAGUUGUUAAACAACAUGCUAAAUGUGACAUGUCAACCCUAACUUUGCCUGUUCAGAGCAUCAGAUGAAGACUUCAUUGGGUUUUAUAGUGGCUUUCUGAUUUUCGGUAGUCCACUGAAGAAGGUAGUUAAGUUUGAAAGUUGUUGUGUACUGUUAAUGACUGUCUGCCCAUGUUCUGCCUGAAAUACCAUGACUGUUUAUGGAAAGUAUCUUUAAUAAAGCUGGAUACAGUUUGGCUUGGAAAAAAAAAAAAGAGUGGUUGAUUUGCACAGUGGGAUUGGGGGGACUUUUUUUUUCUUCAUACUUGUUUGUAUUUUCCAAAUCUUCCCUAAGGUCAUUUAUUACUUUUAGAAUUUAAAAAUUCUUUUAUAAAAAUAUGUAAAGCUCUGGUUUUUUAAUGACUAUGUAAUGACUAUGUCUACUCAAAAGUAUCUUCAAAAUGACCUAUUUAAAAAUCUAUCCCCUCAAAAUAUCCUGAUAAAUCCUUUCAUCUUUUUUUGGACUAAAAAUACAGUGUAAUAACUGAAGAACAGGUUAAAAAAUGUUAACUAAACUGUAAUUUAGAAUUGAUAUGAUUAAUUUAUAUCCACUUUAGAAAUUUCUAUGCUAGGGCCCGGUGCAGUGGCUCAUGCCUGUAAUCCCAGCACUUUGGGAGCCUAAGGCAGGCAGAUCAUGAGGUCAAGAGAUCGAGACCAUCCUGGCCAACAUGGUGAAAUUCCCCAUCUCUACUAAAAAUACAAAAAUAAGCUGGGCGUGGUGGCGCACACCUGUAGUCCCAGCUACUCGGGACGCUGAGGCAGGGGAAUUGCUUGAACCUCCAGGAGGCACAGGUUGCAGUGAGCCGAGAUCGUGCCACUGAACUCCAGCCUGGUGACAGAGCAAGACUCCGUCUCAAACAAACAAACAACAAAAACAAAAAAAGAAAUUUCUAUGCUAGACAUGUGUAACAUCUGCUGAUGACUGUAAUGUUUGUAAUAGUUCUAGUGAAAAUAUGGGACUUGUACAAAAACAUAACCUAUUAUGAAACUAUCUCUAUGACAACAUCAGGUUUGUUUUAUGUUUCUACUGAAAGCACAAGAACAAACUUUCUAGUCCAUAUAAGUACUGUAUACAUGCUAAGUGUGAUCAGUUUUUCUACCUUUUGUUAACAUACAUUUAAAAACUCAAUCUUCCUCAAUGAGAAAUUUUCUGAUUAAUUUGCGUCUGUUCUUUUUCCAAUAAUAAAGAUCUUGUGUAAUGGUUAAAAAUAUAAAUUUAAAAAAAGGAUUUCCUUAAUGUUAAAGAUGUAGGCAAAAAUAUUGGAUACUGGGGUUCUUUUAGGAUUAAACCUCUAAUCUGUCUAAUUGGAGAAAAUUAUCAGUGUGGUAAUGGUCUGGAUUGUUUUACUUCAGAACAACUGUUCCCUGAUAUCAAAUUCUAUAAAUGAUAAGGCCUUUCCUUUCCCACGAAUGGCAACUUU